CUGACAACCCUACAACUCAACCUAACUGAGCAAAACUUCGUGAUUCGCCGCUCAAAUUUCAUUUCAGUCCGAAAGCUUGCCGCGACAGCAACGUACAAAACACGGCUGGCGGAACAACAAAUAAAUUCUCGUAAAAAAAAUUGCUAACACCCGAUCAACGCUUAUUCACCUGGCAAAAAAUACACCAGCGAUCGAGGGGCGCGUAACUUGUGCGUGUGUGAUAAGAGAAGCAAAUAAAGGAAGUGACGGAACCCGCAUAUAUCCAACAGAAUCGUGAAAUGGGCACCACAAAGAGUUUGGCAUUGCUACUGCUGAUGGUACUGCUUCUGGCCGAGUCCCGAGCCAAGCCCUCGCAGGAUUUAACGGAGUUAAGUGAUCUGAGAGGAAAAGGAGCUGAAGCCGGAGCAGCAGCAGGAGGAGUCAGAGCUACAGGAGAUGUGUCCAAAAAUAAGACAGCUGUCGUAAAGGAUACCGCCUUGGACUCCGAUUCAGCUGAGGAAUCGGAGGAAUUGCCACGGCAGGCGUAUCCCCACCGUGACGAGGAUCAACUGAACUCGGCCACUAAUCUGGUGCUAGCCCACAACUACAAGUACGAUGUGGAGAUCCUGGAAUCAGGAGACGAGGACGACGAGCACGAUAGCGGCUCUAAUGACUCAGAGGAUCUGGAGGAGCGUUUCAAGGGGCGCGGUGUGGUUUUCAGUACGGACACAGACACUUUUGCCUCUGAAAAUAUCGAAAUGACGCCGGUGGACGUGCAGGCGGAUGCUGUCAGCGAGGGUCACGUGCUGCUUGGCAUUGUGGUGAUGGCACUGGCCUUGGUCUCCCUGGCUUUGUACGCCGGCCUGGUCAUAUGGCGCUCGCACCUGGAGCAACGGUAUGGAAUGCGCGAGCGACUGGUGAACCGGGAUCUCGAAGAGGAGGAGGCAGCCGGCAUCGACGACGUCGAUUAUCAUGUCUACGCCCCGACAACGACGCCGGCCACGCCCCGGGCGUAGUCCGGGCGCAAAUCUGGUCCGAUUUGAUCCGAUGCAGUGUGUGUUUACGCGACCUGGACCUGGCAGCGGAUUAAAGUGCGCACUCACGACUCGUAUCCAGAUGGAGAGAACGGGCAGAGGAGCCGGCGCACUCGUCUAAUGAAUGCCAUAAAUUUCCACGACAAGCUGAAAAGCAUUCCACUUCCCAAUUGCACUUUAAACGGCGAUACUAAAGGUCGCCCGCCAUUACCGCCGAUUUCUUAGUAGCUGGCGCAGUUGACAGCGCCAAUUAGUUAAUAAGUUUCUGUGAUAUUGUUCUAGAGAUUCUUUUGUACGUCCCUUGCACUAACAAUAUGCAUAGAGCCAAGCGUUUGUAAUCGAUAAUAAAACAACUAUAUGUUAAUUUGAACCAAA